GGCUCUUCAACCCAGCCGUGACACUGGCGAUGCUCCUGGUGCACGCCAUCACGCUGAAGCGUGCCGUGUGGUUGUUUGUCGCGCAGAUGCUUGGCUCCAUGCUCGCCAGCGUGAUUGUGCUCUAUCUACUGCCACAGGCGUUCAAUGUCAAGACGACGUUGUCCAACGGGACCAGCAUUGUGCAGGGUGUCUUCAUCGAGGCCAUCCUCACGGCCGAGCUCGUCUUCGCCAUUUUCAUGCUCGCCAAGGAGAAACACCGGGCCACCUUCAUUGCACCCGUCGGCAUCGGCCUGGCACUUUUCAUUGCCGAAAUGGUCGGCGUGCAGUUCACUGGGGGGUCGCUGAAUCCGGCGCGCAGUUUUGGGCCAUGUGUCGUCACGCUCAGUUUUGAUGAAGAGCACUGGAUAUACUGUAAGCGGUCUCCCUCGCGGUUUUGGAGCCUUGACUUCGCAAAUACGCAGAAACUACGCCUUGCCACUCUUUACUGACUUUGGUCCUGUGCGUGUUAGGGGUCGGCCCGUUCGCUGGGGCACUGAUUGCAGUGGUGUUUUACAAGUUCAUCAAGACCUUGGAAUAUGAGAUGGCCAAUCCUGGAGCGGAUGGUGAUCCUCUCAACGACCCGACUGUGAACCCAGACAAGUUUGCCGAGGUCAAGAACCUCCAGCCCUCUGUGUCACGCUAAGCAGGCAUGCAGUCUAGAAAUUGCUGCCAUGGCUGUCUUUGGUGGGCGAGUCAGACAGC